UAAAUUUCAGACAUUUCCAAUUGUUUAUACUAUAAUGGAAGGACGCACUUUUGAUGAUUAUUUAAAUGUUUUACAAAAAGUUAUCCACGUAAUUAAAUUAGCAUCAGAAAUUAUAUCAGAUUUUGAAAAAGCUGAGCGAAAGGCAUUACAAACGAUUUUUCCCAGAGCUAAAGUCAUUGGCUGCUUCUUUCAUUACAGCCAGACCUUAGUACAUAAUGCUGAGAAGCAUAAUAUUCUAAAAGACGACAAAAAGGAAUCGAGUUUGGGCUCAUCAAAACUAUUGAUAUCUUUUUUGCCGGAAGAUUUAAUAGAAGGAGCCUUCGAAAUUAUUUAUAAAGUAAUAUUUAAUGAUUGCAAAUAUCUUUAA